UAGUGGCUAUGUGGGAAAACUUGUUUUUUUAUUUCUUCCUGAGUUGAAGCAAUUCUGUUUCGGCAUAAAUUAAUCAAAUUCGACAAAAAUACGUCCAAAGCAUGUAGUGGCUCCAAACAGUGAUAACGUAUUCCGGCUCCGCAAAAUAUAACAAAAACGAAAGUGUUCCUUCCUGAUAUAAUUAAUCAAUAUGUGAAACAUAUACAUAGGUGGAUUAAAGUCUUUGGCCAAGAAAAAAAAAAUUGCAAGUGACAAAAAAAAAAUUAAAAUAAACACCACUAAAUACGAGGUCAAACAAUAACAUCGCGCCGUAGUGAAAGUAUUUCGAGCGCUACACAUUAUAUCAUUAUUUCGGUAUUAACAAUAAACAGUGAUAACUACGUAAAAGAUUAUUUAAAAUCAAAAUUCUUGUUACCAAGAUCCAUUAUCUGCCCUGUCUCAAGUGUCUGCGCGUGGAAUUAGCUAAAGUGUGUCGGUGGGAAAAAACACCCCAAUUUUAUAUUAAAAGCCUUUGCGCACUAAACGGCGGCUGCUGAAUCAUGCGGCCAUCGUUGUUCGUUGAAAAGUGGCAAAUAAUUUGCUUUGUGUUUGUUUAAUUAAUAUCAAUAACCCAAGCAAUAUAAUUUGUGCGUGCACGUAAAUUAUAAUUGCAAAUAUUUUGCAAAAUAUUUAGUAUAUCUAGUAUAUUAUUUGUGUAAAUCGUGGCAUAACAGUGGGUUAAAAAAUAAAACAAAGCAAAAUGGAUAGUUCAAUGGUAUUCGGCGUGUUUCGCAAUUUAACCUCAAGUACAUUGGAUGCAAAUAGCGCUGAGGCGGACAUGGAUUCGGAAGAUAUGGAUACCAUGUUUUCAACUUCCACUACGUCAGCUGUUUUGACUACCAGCACCACUGCGGCACCGGACACCGAUCCGUCUGUGUCAAUGAAUAAUUUCUAUCCUGCUUUGGUACAAUGCUUUGGCAUCAUUAUAUGUGGUUACAUUGCUGGCCGCUUCAAAAUCAUUUCGAAUUCGGAAACUAAAGGCCUUGGCACAUUUGUCGGCACAUUUGCAUUGCCGUCGCUAAUCUUUCUCUCGCUGGUCGAGCUUGAUUGGAGCACGGUAAAUUGGACCUUCUUACUGGCCAUGACGCUAUCCAAAUCGAUUGUAUUCUUCGCUGUACUCGUGAUCUCACUGCUCAUUACACGACCGCUAAAUUAUGCGCGCGCCGGCCUCUUGAGUAUUUUCUGUACGCAGAGCAAUGAUUUCGCGAUCGGCUAUCCGAUUGUGAUGGCGCUGUACAAAGACGUGCAUCCCGAGUAUGCCUCAUAUUUGUAUUUAAUGGCGCCCAUUUCGUUGGCGCUGCUCAAUCCCAUCGGCUUGGUGCUAAUGGAAAUCUCGAAAAUCAUACAAACAAAAGCCGAAGCGGCACAAGAGUCGACCAUCUGCCCGGACACUUGCCCGGCCGAACAGCUGACGAAGCGUACGCGCUGCUUGGGUGAAAAACAGCUUUUGGUGCUGCACACACUCAAAUCGCUCUUCUUCAAUCCGAUGUUGCUGAUGACGCUGCUGGGCGUCGGCGGCGCCUUUGUCUUUCCGAAUGGUCUGCCCGAAAUGAUAGCGAGCGUUUUGCGCGUCUUUGGUCAGUCAUUCUCGGCGACGGCGCUUUUCCUGUUGGGUUUGAAAAUUGUCGGACAAGGUGGUUCAUUGCGUGGCGCAGGCUUUCUGCUGCCCGGCAUCUUGAUAUUGGUUAAAAUUUUGGUCUUGCCGCUAGUGUGCCGUCAAACGGUGAAUAUCAUGCAGGCCGGCACAGAUUUCAAUGAUACAACCGAAUUGAGCACCUUCGGCUUCUUAUAUGGCACCUUUCCGGCGGCACCGGGCGCUUUUGUCAUCGCCACGCAAUACAAUGUCGAAGUGGAAUUGGUCGCUACGGGCAUGGUGCUCUGCACAUUCAUCUCCGCACCGCUUAUGUUCAUCUCGGCGAAAAUGAUUUCCAUCACCAAUCUGAAUCCAGUCGACUAUAUACAUGAGUUGGAUGUGUUUUCGUUCGAUAUCAGCGUUGCCGGUGUGGCCGCCGCCGCUUGGGUUUUGGUGUUAUUGAUUGUGACGAAACGUUUUAGACGCAUGCCGCAUCGCGUUACAUUCUGUUUGGUGCUGUCGCAGCUGAUAUGCUGUGCGGCCGUGAUUAUCUGGGCGAAAUUCGAUCAUGCCGAGAAGUGGCUGAUUUACGUGCAAUUCUUCCUCUUCAAUAUGGGCACAUUUAGCAGCCGUUUAUGGACUGCGAUAUUGGCGAUUUGCUUGCUCUUCCUGCAGUGUCGCAGCUUGUGCUUCGUGCUCAACAUGUGGCCUUAUAUGAUCGCCUUUGCGUGGGGCGUGCCCGCCAUAAUAUCUGGUCUGCUGAUCGCCUUGGAUAGCAAGAUUUUAUUGCCUGAUAAGCAUAAUGCCUGCUUUCAAUAUGGCACCGCGCAGGCUGCAGUCACCGUCUUUAUGCUCGUCAUGUGUUUCUUCGUAACCGUUGGCUGUUUGGUUAUGCAUCAGCGUUAUAAGAAGCGUUAUGAGAAAUACCUCACGUAUACACGUGAACUAUCCAAUCCAGAUUCCGAACCCUCAGAUCUACAAUCCACCAUAUCAACUGCGAAUUUGCUCACAAAUACAGAUGGCGCGCGUCUCUCCAGUGGCAGCGUGCCGGCACAGAGACGUCGCUAUGGUUCUUAUUCUUCGUCGGAUGAUGACGAUAUUAUCUCGACAACGGAUAAUGGUCCCAACACAAUCGCUGGUGGCUGUGGCGGUGGUGGUGGCGGUACUUGUUGCACCAGCACUACCAGCCCAACAACUACGACGGUUGUUGUAGAUAUCGAAGAUCUGCUGGCCAAAUCGGCUGCCGAAGGCGCACGUAAGCGAAGUCACGAACCAGCCACUACGCCAUCAACAGAUCAAUUCGAAGAUGAGAAUCUCGGCAUACGUUCGGGCAUCUGUAGUCCGGCUUUCAAUUGCGGUGCGGGUUCUUCACGUCAAAAUUGCCAAUCGAUUAUCGAACGCUAUCACGAUCAAUCACGUAGCGGGCUAGAGCCAUUGGAAUAUGCUAAUGAUGCUGAUGAGUAUCAGACUUUGAAGCAUACAGUUUUGCUGAUCUUGCUGCUCUGCUCAAUGUUUGUGGGUCUCUCCGUCUCCAUUUGGACUUUGGUAAUGGAUGGCAUGUCUGGUAUUUACUUGGAAUUGAGUUUUCUCGACGCUUUCUUGAAUUUCGGUCAGAGCUUAGUCGUUUUGGCGCUGUUCAUCACUGACACUAGCGAAUUGCUGACACCAUUCGUGAAGAUUUGGCGCAAGUUGUGGUAUGGCGCAAACGUAUUAACCCUACCACUAUGGACAAGCCUCACGCCGGAGACCAAGCAUAUUUGUGAGCAGUUCCGCAAUCAUCAUUUGGAGAAUUGUAAGAAGGAUAUUGCCAAGGAUCGAAGGUGGCGCAUCAGAGUGUAUCGCAAAGUAUUUUACGGCACCGAAUUCGUGGAUUGGCUACUCGAAGUUGGUCUUGCCAAGGAUCGCCUGGAGGCUGUGCAUUACGCUAGACAUUUAGUGGACGGACGUGUUUUACGGCAUAUAAACAAUGUUUAUCAUUUUGAAGAUAAACAGCUAUUAUAUAAUUUCUGUGCGCGCCUGUAAAUUAGCGCAGCAACAACAAAACGUUAAAUACGAAAAGGAGCUACGUAAGCAACAAGAAAUCUAUUUUCCUCUUUCUUCUUCUUAGUUUUUAAUUUUUUAAUUGGAUGAAGUUGUACCAAGGCGUUGGACGUGGUGCUGUGAUGCGUGUCAAAUGUUAUUUUCAUAUAAAUUUAUAAGUACAUAUAAAUGUAUAUUAUAAUACACAUAUACAUACAUACACACAUAUAGCAGCAUAUAUAGUUUAUAUAUAUUUUAGUUAUUGAAAGUUACUGGCGUAAGCAGCCAUUUGCGUGAUUAACUUGCAUAUAAUCUUCCCACUAACCGCAAUUAGUAAAACAUUAUGUCUGAUUGAUUUAUUACAGUUGCGAUUUAUUGUAAACUUUGAUUAACGGUUAAGAAUUUGUAUUAACUAGUCGUUCUAGUUUUUAAUUUCAUUUGUAUGUGUGUGUGUAAAAAUCAUAUCACAAAGAAUUUUUAGCUUUCAAUUUGUAAUUUGUAACAAUUGUGCAACUAUAAAGUAUUUUCUUGUAGUUUAAUUCGUUUUUGUGUUUUAUUUUAUUUUUGUUUUAAUUUUUCUUUUAAAAAUUUUUUUUUUAAUUUUUUUUUAAUUUUUUUUUUAUUUUUUUUUAUAUUUCUUUUUUAGUUUUUGUGCAAUUGUUUUACUCUAUAGUGUAUUUGAAUUGUACAUACAUACAUAUGUACACGCUAUGCCAAAUAUCUAUUGUAAAUUAGGGAAUUAUUUAGAGGUUAAGUAAUCGAAACGUAUUUUUUGCAUGGAAAAAGCGGAUAAUUUUAUUGUGAAAAAUUUUGAAAAAUUGCUAGGCGUAAGUUGAUAUAAAGAUUGUGAUUGCUUUUAAGCACUAUUCGGUUUAUAAGCAAGUGCAGUUAGCUGUAAUAUUUUAUAAAAAUAUAAGAAGAUAAUAAAGAAAACGAUAAUAAAUUUGCUACGGUCACAAAGAAGCUGAAAAAAAGAA